AUGUCGUUACAAGAAUUCCUUAUCGAGAAGUUCGAGUCAUGGAAACCACCAGAGCCAGAAGUUAUGAACAGAACCAAGCGAGAUAUCACAUUAAACUGGAGUCAGUUGGAGCCAUUCGACUUCCUCGCGGGAGAUUUUAUUUAUAAAAUAGAAAAGUAUAACAAGAUGCCUCGAUGGAUCGUGGUGUAUAGUGGUGGCAAAACAACGAAAACAAUAGACAAUCUGGCGCCGAGACAUCCGCACCGGUUUCGUCUGAGAGUCAUCCUCAAGGCAGAAGCCGUGCCGCGCCUCGCCGACCGAGCUAUACACUUCUAUGGCGAUGAGACCGCUGUGUAUGAGAAAUUUGGUAAAACUGAUGAGACCAACAAAACAGCAUUUGAGGACGACAACAUUCAAACAAGCGCUGUCGUUAAUGAAAGUGGUGGAGAUAUUCCAAAUGCAACAAUACCUGCAAAUAGUGGUAGAGACGCCAUCAUCAAAAGUUCAGACAAGUGUGAGAAACGCAAGUGGGUGGAGUCGCGAUGGUCGGAGGAGACGUGGACGAGCACCGACUCCGACGGCACCUCCGCCGUGUGCUUCUCCAUGGCCGUGCGCUGCGGGUACACCAAACAGGUGCAGAGCAUGCUGGAAGAGCGGCCGGAUUUGAUUGGAGCCAUCAAUCCGCAGAACGGAUUCACGCCGCUGGCGACCGCUGUCAGGCGAGGCGAUAUGAACAUGGUGCGGUAUUUGAUCUCGAUGGGGGCGGACGUGGAGCAGCCCUCGGCGGCGGGACAGACGCCGCUGCACCUCGCGCUCUACGCCGCUAACACACACAUGGCCGAACUACUGCUCGACAAGGGAGCCAGUUUACAAGCCUGUGAUUGGAACGGUCUCCGCGCAGAGCACUACGCGGUGGACUCGCGCGACCUGGAUACCGUCAGGUUCGUGCUGCAGCGAGGAGGGGACCUCGCCGCCGAAGACAACAACGGAUGGACCCCGCUCUUUAGAGCUGUGUGUCAGGGCGCGGAGACGGCGCUGGUGGCGGAGCUGGCGGCGCGCGGCGGCGCCGACGCGACCGACCGCGCCGGCCUGCCGCUCGCCUGCGUCGCCAGGAUGCUCACCGACCCCCAAGGCCGCCGUCGAGAGUCGAUCCUGCGGCUGGUGGACUCCAACUACCCGCACGAGAAAGCGCUGGCCAACUUCACGCGACUCACCAAAAAGAUAUACAACGUGCACUCGCUGCUCAAACUUAUUUAA